GGUUCAAACGGUGAUGAAUACGAUGAAGCGUGCUAAUCCAGAUGACGACUUAGAGAAGCAAUCAAAGAAGCUGAACCCAAUGUCCAGUGAGUUUAUACCAAAAACUAAGCCAAAGACUAUGGAUCUAGAUCCACAGCAGCCACGAAUUCCAAAGACUAAGCUCGAGAAGGAGAAUACUAGAAGGCUUAUUGUAGUACUAGAGAACGCUUGCUUGGAAACUUACAAGCUCAGCUCCGGUUCGUCCACCAAAAAUGGUGAAGCAAAAUACGCACUCCUCAAUUGCGAUGAACAUCAAGGUAUCCUAGCCAAAAUGAAGAGGGACAUCUCAGACGCUAGACCAGACAUCACCCACCAGUGUUUACUCACUUUGCUAGACUCUCCGCUCAACAAAGCUGGCCUCAUGCAGGUCUUCAUACACACCUCACAGGGUGUCCUCAUUGAAGUAAAUCCUCAAGUCAGGAUUCCAAGAACUUUCAAACGUUUCUCCGGUUUAAUGGUGCAACUCCUCCAUAAGCUCAAGAUCAUCCAAAUGAACGGCUCAGAAGUUCUUCUCAAAGUUAUCAAGAAUCCAAUCACGGAUCAUUUACCAAUUAAUUGCCAUAAAAUUACUCUCUCUGGUGACGCUCCUACUACGAAGAUUACCGACUAUUUGCCUACAAUACCAAAAGACAAGUCUAUUUGUGUCUUUGUUGGUGCAAUGGCACAUGGACAGGAUAACUUUGCUGACGCUAUCGUUGAUGAGAAGGUUUCCAUCUCGAAUUACUCACUCUCAGCUUCGGUCGCCUGUGGUAAAUUUUGUACCACGCUAGAAGACCUAUGGGAUGUUAUCUAGGAUUAGAAAGUUGCAUAGAAAAGCGCCUCAACACGCCAAAUAUAGCAUAUAUUAUUAUCAUCUUUGUUAUUGUAUUAGACGUUCAUCCGUCAAAUUAUCGCAAUUUACGUG